AUGGGUUUUGAUUGGAAAUCAAGAACAAACACUGCAGGGCUAAGUGGUAGAGCCCUUAGAGUCUCAGUCACAUUAACUGCCACAUUAGGUUUCUCAUUAUUCGGUUAUGAUCAAGGUUUAAUGUCUGGUUUAAUUACUGGUCAUGAAUUUAACUAUGAAUUCCCAGCUACUAAAGGUAACUCUGUUAACCAAGGUGCUGUUACAGCUUGUUAUGAAAUUGGUUGUUUCUUUGGUGCUUUAUUUGCCAUGUUUAGAGGUGAAAGAAUUGGUAGAAGACCAUUAAUCAUCUUGGGUGCUUUUAUUAUUAUCCUUGGUACUUUAAUCUCAGUCACUGCUUAUAGAGAUGCUUGGGGUACUGGUCAAUUUGUUGUUGGUAGAGUUAUUACAGGUAUUGGUAAUGGUAUGAAUACCGCCACUAUCCCAGUUUGGCAAUCAGAAAUGUCUAAACCAGAAAAAAGAGGUAUGUUGGUCAACUUGGAAGGUUCAGUUGUUGCCAUUGGUACUUUUGUCGCUUACUGGGUUGAUUUUGGUAUGUCUUAUGUUAACAAUUCUUCUCAAUGGAGAUUCCCAGUUGCAUUCCAAAUUUUCUUUGCCUUCUUUGUUAUGAUUGGUGCCUUACAAUUGCCAGAAUCUCCAAGAUGGUUAUUAUCAAAAGGUAGAAGAGAAGAAGCUGUUUUCGUUCUUGCUGCUUUAAAUGACGUUCCAAUUGAUGAUGAAGGUGUUGAUGAAGAAGCCACUGCUAUUCAAGAUGCUGUUGAAAAAGUUUCUAAAAAACAAAUUAGUAUGAAAGAAGUUUUCACUGGUGGUAAAACUCAACAUUUUAGAAGAAUGUUGAUUGGUUCUUCAACUCAAUUUUUCCAACAAUUUACUGGUUGUAAUGCUGCUAUUUAUUAUUCAACUGUUUUAUUUGAACAAACUAUUGGUUUAACUGGUAAAUUACCAUUGAUUUUAGGUGGUGUUUUUGCAACCAUUUAUGCUUUAUCCACUAUUCCAUCAUUCUUUUUAAUUGAAAAAUUGGGUAGAAGAAACUUGUUUUUGAUUGGUGCUACUGGUCAAGGUUGUUCAUUCAUUAUUACUUUUGGCUGUUUAGUUAAAGAUACUACUCAAAAUGCUAAAGGUGCUGCUGUUGGUUUAUUCUUGUUUAUUGUUUUCUUUGCAUUCACUAUUUUACCAUUACCAUGGGUUUAUCCACCAGAAAUCAAUCCAUUAAGAACAAGAACUGUUGCCUCAGCUAUUUCAACAUGUACCAAUUGGUUAACAAAUUUCGCUGUUGUUAUGUUUACUCCAGUUUUCAUUGCCAAUGCUAGAUGGGGUUGUUAUUUAUUCUUUGCUGUUAUGAACUUCAUUUUCGUUCCAAUUAUCUUCUUUUUCUACCCAGAAACUGCAGGUCGUUCAUUAGAAGAAAUGGAUAUCAUGUUUGCUAAAGCUCAUGUUGAAAAGAAACCAGUUUGGAGAGUUGCUCAAACUAUGCCAAAGAUGAAUCAUAGAGAAGUUGAAAGAGCUGCUGUUGAACUUGGAUUAUUUGAUGAAAUUGAAUUCCAAAACGACGGUUUCGAUGAUAAAGCCUCUGCUUCAAUUCCUGAUGCUGAAAAAGAAGGUACUUCAGGUACUGAUACCCCAGAUUCUCAAGAAAAUAACAACAACCACAGUGGGUUAUUUGUUAAAAAAGGUGAUGAUAAUGUUUAA